ACCGGAAGCUCCGACAGUUAUGUACAGCCUCUGUCUUUACGGAUGUUGCGUCACCGCAGUUUUAAAGCAAGCCGAGCCGAGCCAGGCCACAAACCCAGAGCAGAUGGACCGACCCUAAAAUCCUGGACUAAGCACGGCACCGGGACCCGGAUCAAAGAACCGGACCGUACCGGGACAGCCCGGGGCGGAGCGGACUGAAGUUCGAUUGUCGGAGUUUUGAAGGGGGCUGAAAGCGCCUCGGUACCCGGGACUCCUCUUCCAAAAUGGCCGACGCCGAAGGGUCCCCAGCUGUGCGCUCGCUCCGCCUUUCCCACUCUGCGCGACCCCCUCCCCCCGCCUCGUCCUCCUCUCCUACCACGUUCUCCUGCCCCUCCUCCCCCUCCAGCGCCUCCUCUUCCUCAUCCUCCUGCUCUGAGAGUUCCUCAGACUUCCUCACUCACCAUCAUCAUCACCGUCACGCUCGCCCUCAGCUGCAGCUGCCUCCGCCCACCCACGGGGAUCAGGCCUCCUCUCCCAGCGCCAGCCCCCGCAGCUCCUCCCCUAGUGGGAGCAUCGGCAGCACCUGCAGCCUCGGUAGCAGCAGCGCCAGCGAGGGCAUCGGCAGCGGAGGCACGUCGAGCGGUGGCGGCGACCAGCGAGGACCAAGUCCUCCGCUGGACGUCAUCUCAGAGGACGCCAUGGAGAUGGACCUAGGUGUCGAGCAAGUCAUCGACCCGGAGGUGGCGCUGAAGGCGUGCCAGGAAGUGCUCCUUAAAGUCAAACUGCAGGAUGAUCAGCGGCAGCACCCGGCAGAUGUGGCAGAGCGCGGCGCCGUGACCCAGCUCAUCAGCCCAGAUGCCGGCUCCAUCAAAGAGGAAGAUGAGGAAGACACCGACACGCCGUCCCAGCCCGACCCGCGUCCUUCGGCUCGGCCAGAACCUUUCUCGCCACCGUCGUCAUCAAAGCAGUCGUGGCUGCUGCGCCUGUUCGAGUCCAAGCUGUUUGACGUCUCCAUGGCGAUUUCCUACCUGUACAAGUCAAAGGAGCCGGGUGUGCAGGCGUACAUCGGGAACCGCCUCUUCAGCUUCCUGGACAGCGAGGUCGAUUUCUACCUGCCGCAGCUGCUCAACAUGUACGUGCACAUGGACACAGAGGUGGGCGACGCCAUCCGACCGUACCUGAUCCACCGCUGCAGCGCCAGCAUCACAUUCUCGCUGCUCUCUGCCUGGCUGCUCGGUGCCUACUCCUCCGACAUGCAUAUCUCCACCCAGCGCCACUCCAGAGGAACCAAACUCCGAAAGCUCAUCUUGUCCGACGAGCUCAACCCCGCCCCAUCUGACAGCCCCGCAUCCUCGCCGUCUCACCGCCGCCAUCGCCAUCACAGACACGAUGGCAGCAACGCCGAGGCCUCUUCCAUGUUUGGCCCUGGACAGGGACAAGCCGAGGUGUUUGUUUCCCCGUCCAGGAGGACCCACCAGAGAUCCAAGUCGGAUGCCACCAUGGCGAGCAAUGGACCUGGUGCUGGUCUCCGACGGACUGGCAGUAACCCAAAAGUGGAGGCGGUCCACGAAGAGCCCGAGCGUCUCCGUCCUCAGAGGGAGUUCAUCAAGUCUCUGCUGUGCAUCGGGAAGCGUCUCGCCACGCUGCCCACCAAAGAGCAGAAGACCCAGCGUCUGAUCUCCGAGCUGUCGCUGCUCAACCACAAGCUGCCGGCCCGAGUGUGGCUGCCCACCGCCGAGCACCAGCACCACGUCUGCAGGGUCCCCCACACGCAGGCCGUGGUCCUAAACUCCAAGGACAAGGCUCCAUACAUCAUCUACGUGGAGGUGUUGGACUGCGACAGCUUCGAGACGUCUCCCGUUCCCGUUCGCAUCCCAGAGACGCGGAUACGCUCGGCCCGCUCCGCGGAGAACCUGGACUGCAGCACCGCAGCUAAUGGCAGCAGUGGUAUGACAUCGGAACACAGAACGGGAAGUUUCUCCACCGUCCCAAACUACGACAACGACGACGAGGCGUGGGCCACCGAUGAUAUCGGGCAGCUGCAGGUGGAGAUGGAGGCUCAGACCAGCAGCAGCGACAACAUCAGUCAGUUUUCAGUCGACAGCAUCACGAGUCUGGAGAGCAAAGAGCCGGUGUUCAUCGCCGCCGGAGACAUCAGACGGCGGCUAUCGGAGAACCUUGCUCACACUCCCACCGCAUUCAGGAGGGACCCCGAGGACCCGUCGGCUGUUGCCCUCAAAGAGCCCUGGGAGGAGAAAGUCAGGCGGAUCCGAGAGGCGUCUCCGUACGGCCACCUGCACACCUGGAGGCUGCUGUCGGUCAUCGUGAAGUGUGGGGACGAUCUGAGGCAGGAGCUGCUGGCCUAUCAGGUCCUCAGACAGCUGCAGUCCAUCUGGCAGCAGGAGCGCGUUCCUCUGUGGAUCAAACCCUACAAAAUCCUCGUCAUGUCUUCAGACAGCGGGAUGAUCGAGCCCGUCCUCAACGCCGUCUCCCUGCACCAGGUGAGGAAGCAGAGUCAGCUGUCGCUGCUUGACUACUUCCUGCAGGAACACGGCAGCUUCACCACAGAGGCCUUCCUCACCGCUCAGAGGAACUUCGUGCAGAGCUGCGCCGGCUACAGCCUCAUCUGCUACCUGCUGCAGGUCAAAGACAGGCACAACGGGAACAUCCUGCUGGACUCCGAGGGCCACAUCAUCCACAUCGACUUUGGCUUCAUCCUCUCCAGCUCUCCUCGCAACCUCGGCUUCGAGACAUCUGCCUUUAAGCUGACCUCGGAGUUCGUGGACGUGAUGGGUGGGCUGAACGGAGAUAUGUUCAACUACUACAAGUUGCUGAUGCUUCAGGGUCUCAUCGCAGCCAGGAAGCACAUGGAGAAGGUGCUGCAGAUCGUGGAGAUCAUGCAGCAAGGUUCCCACCUGCCGUGCUUCCACGGCUCGAGCACCAUCCGUAGCCUGAAGGACCGUUUCCACAUGUCUCUGACAGAGGAGCAGCUGCAGCUGCUGGUGGAGCAGCUCGUGGACGGGUCCGUGCGCUCCAUCACCACCAAACUCUACGACUCCUUCCAGUAUGUCACCAACGGCAUCAUGUGACCCGUCUGGACUGAGCGACGGCGGUGGCCGGAGCCGGCAGACGUUUCGCUGCGCCUCGUCACCGUCAUCGGGGUCGAAGCGGCUGCUGGAAGACUCGAUAGAGACGGAAACCACUUCAUCACAUUGUUUAUGGAUUUACAUCUGCAGCUAAUCGAAGCGACAGCACGGCAGAUUCGACUUCCUGCUGCCCGUCACACGGAAACGCGUGAACUCGUCACUGCUGUCGACUUUAUUAACCAGCUCAUAAUCACUACUAAACUGCCCAGCAGCAGAGCGUUUACAGACACAACCACCACUACUUCACCCAUCCUUCAGCUAAAAACAGCUCAAUGUUUCCGAUUCCACGUCUGUUGACAGGAAAACGUCUGAGAAAGGCGUUUUGUUCUUUCCAGCAAACAUCCUGUAAUUACAGAAGCUCCUUUUCCAAAGAUAAAAGUCUCGUAAUCGUAAGCCCGAGAUUCCAGAAGGCGGCCUCUUUUUCCUCCCAACUUGUCAUAGUUUAAAGUGGACUCAGAGGAGAAAUCUGCAGUAACUCGAGGGUGAGCCCGAGGAUGCGUCUGACUGGGUCGGCACGAACCUUCUCUUGACGUUUAAAUGAAGUCCGAGUGGACGCGAACACCAGCAGAGGUCGAAGGAGUUUGCUCUCCGAAUCAGAAUGGCUACGAGGAAAAAGCACAACGUGAACUCAGCGUUCUCGGCACGCUCACAGAAAGGCUGACGUAUCCACCCUCCUUUACAGAUUAUCGCUUUAUCUUCCAGCAGCAUUCCUGUUUUCACCAGACAUUUCUCACAGCUCAUCGUCAGCCUUGUCCUGACAUUUUUAGCAACUGUAAGCGCGUCGAGGUUUGGGCAAGCUCAAAUUCUUUUGUCCUGAACGUCCAUUAGCCUGAGCCAGUGACCACUGUUGCUCAUUUUCCUCUGUUUUAUUUCAUUGUAUUUCACUUUUUCCUAAACUGUUAUUUUACCACUUUAGCUCAUUUUUCUUUCCCAAAUAUCUAUUUAGCUGUUUGGUUUUUAACAGAGUCACUGUCAUGCUAGCUAUGCUAAUGGAGAAUUACUCACAGACUGUGGAGGAGCAAAGUCCAGAAUAUUUAUUAGAAAUAUGGCCAUUACUAUAAUAAACUACAUUAUUAUUUUUUAAUUACUAGGGGAGAUGUCUUUUUAAGCUAAUGUUCCUGUACUAGCUAACAAAAUUAAUACCUAAUAAUGGAUUGGAUUUAUAUAGCGCUUUUCAAGGCACCCAAAGCGCUUUA